AUGUCUGACGCCGACGAUGCGCCUGAGACGACCGUUGCUGCGCCCAAUCCAGACGCCCAGACGACGGUCAACGACUUCCUCGACUACACAGAGUUCUUCCCCUCGGACCUGCAGCGCUCCCUGACGCUAAUCACCGACCUCGACUCGACUUCGCGCGACGCCGUGCAAAGGGUCCAUGAGCUCACAGCGCUGUAUGGCAAGCUGCCCUCGCUCCCCGAGCAUGAGCGCCCCGAUCCGGUGGUCCUGCGCAGACAGAUUGCCCAGCACCUGAAAAAGGCUAUAGAUCAGCGCGAAUACGCCUACACAGAGGCCUCUCGUCUGUACGAGGUCACGGUGCGCCACUGCCAGCGCUCGACGGUGAUCAAGAAGAAGCUCCAGGCCCAGCCAGAGCCUCCAUCGCGUGAUCCCACGCCGCCGCCCGUGUCGCCCACCGCCCACCGACAGCUGAACCGCAGCUACGAACGACCCCCGCACCUGCGCCUGACCUUCGACCCUGGUCGCCAUGGCACCAACACGUCGCGGCCGCGCGAACGCCAUAAGAAGUCUGCCGUGCCGGUUCCGCGUGCGCGCUUCAGGAGACACAGCGCCUCUUCCGGCUCCGAUUCGGACAACAUCCAUGUGGUGCCACCGCCUAAAAAGCGCAGGGACAGAGAGAGAGAUCGCCAGCACAAGUCGACCCGGCCGCGGCCUCCUGGUGUACUGGGCACCAAUGUACACAGCUCCAUCGCAGGCAUCUCCACCAGUAACGCACUUGCCCAGCUCGCACCGCCACCACCCGAUGCCCUUCCCGGUAGCAAAUGGGCUCCUUGGGGAAAGCUCACGGAAUAUGAAAUGGCUGUACUUAGGAAACAGAUGAAGAAGAACGCAGUAUGGACCCCCAGCAUGACCAUGGUCACCCGCGAACUUGAACGGAAGCACCGCACCCAAGCCGACUACGACAACGAAAAGGCGCGGUGUGAAGCUGCAGGGGUGGAAAUACUCGACGAAGAGCCUGAGACUUUGCAGCAAAUCAUGACUGCCUCUGGUCUUGGCCAAUUGGCACCGCAUGGUCCUGCCGCAGAGAGCCCACCAGCGCCUAGUGAGCCGAUGGAGGAUGAGCCAAGGGAGGAAAUUGGUACUGUCAGCAUCCGCCUCAAGCCAGUAGAGGCCAAAGAAGGUAGGAUGUUAGAUCGUCUUUCGCAGCGUCAGCAAGCGAUGCGUGAUGCGCAAGAGCUUGUCGACGCGACCGAGAAAAUCAAAGAAGCUGCAAAUGGCCUGAAAGAGCUGACCUUUGGCCCUCAUGCUGUAGCUACUUCCUCUCAAAAAAAGCGCACAGCUCCUCGGUCUGGCACCAAACGAAAACGCGAUGCUUCUCAGCCACCUGCUGAUGAAGAUGCUGAGCUCACAAGAGAAAACUCGGUUGCGACGCAGGAUAGUACAGCGCGGCCACCAGAACCUAAGCGUGUCAAGUCUCAGCUACAUAGCUCUGUGCCCGAUUCCAUCACGUCUCCUGCCCCUAUCCCAUCUGCUGUCUCUACUCCGAGAGGAAGUCACGCAUCCGUUGCGCCCUCGCCCGUAGCCCACACACACAUUCCCUUACCAGAACUGGCCAAGGCCUCCAUACCCACAAGUGUUCAGGUACCCCUUGCGCCAGCCGGGCCAAGCACCCCAAAGGUCAACAAGGCUGCUCCGAGACAGUCUAGUAGGCAGCCAACCCCUGGUGCAGAAUUUCCAACAGCGGGUGAAAGCUCUACGAUCUCGGCGGCAUCAGCCUCGGUGAUUGCUCCGGCACCCGCAGCCACAGCAGCGUCUUCUAGACCACGACGCGAGUCUGUUGCACCCAAAGUUCUUAGCCCGUCAGAGAUUGUAGCACUUCCAAUGAAAACAUCCAAGGCCUCUACUCCAGGACCUGAGGGGGUACCCGAGGCUCCUACCCCAGCCCUUCGUCCUCGUUCUGCCCGUGGUCAUGUUCCCACACCCAAAGCUCAGAGCGAGGAGCCAAAACCAAUGGAACUCAGCCGCGUGACGCGUGAGACACGCCGUCACAGUAUCUUCAGUCAGUCUGCCAUUGCUGAAAAUCCGCAGGGAACGCGCACUAGUUCACGCAGGAAACCGCCCCCGAAAGGCGAGGUCACUGCUGCUGAACACGGACAAAAGACUGUGACGAACGUCAAGCGCGCUCAAGGUAGCAAGAAUAAGAAGAAAAGAAAGACCGAAGAGGAGACGGAACAGGUUGACGACAUUGAUCCCGAUGAGCCGAAGUAUUGCAUCUGCGACGAUGUUAGUUAUGGUGCCAUGAUAUCGUGCGAUAACAACUGCGACAAGGAAUGGUUCCAUCUCCCUUGUAUGAACAUGACUGAAGAAGAUAUACCCUCACGCCGCGCGAAAUGGUACUGCCCUGAUUGCCGCGCCGCACUCCACACGGAUGCAUAUGGCAACCCUCUAGUCCCGCCUCCACUGCCCGGAAGAAGAGGUAAUAGGUCUGCGUAA